GCAGACUUGAACCAUUUUCUCUCUUUUAUGCAUCUCCUCUUUUCAAAUACACCUGUUCAUUCUCACUCAUUUAAUUCCGUACAUACUUUCAUUAAUCUCACAGCCCUUGUAUCAAAGACCAAAGUCCCCCGAAAAAGAAAAGAUCGAAGGAUGGCCCCCAUCUCCAUCCACCGGGGCAAUUCGCCCCCCAGCGACCAGCCCCCGAACCCCCCCUCAAACCAGAACCAGACCCAAAGCUACACCCAACUUCCGGACACCGACCUUGACGCCAUCGGCCACCACUGCGACCUCUCCUACUGCCACCAACUCGACUUCCUUCCGUUCCGCUGCGCCUCGUGCAACGGCACCUUCUGUCUCGACCACCGCAGCGAGACCGCACACAAGUGUCCGCGCGCCGGCGAGUGGGCGCGACAGGCAGCCUCCACAGCUACCACGCCCUCCACCUCCACCUCCACCACCACCUCCACCUCAGCCUCGCGCCCGAACAUCUACAAUUCACAACAAUGCAGCCAUCUCACCUGCAAAACACUCAUCCACACCGUGACCGAACCGGGUGUCCGAUGUCCCGAGUGCAGACGGGAGUAUUGUCUCCGCCAUCGUCUGAAGGAGGGACAUGAUUGCAAGCCUCCGCGGGGUGCGGGUGCUGGUGCUGGCUCCACAGGCGCAGGGGUGGAGACGUUGAGGGGGAUGUUUGCCAAGGUGCGGAGUGGGUUUGGCUCUUCUGCUGGUGGUGGUGGUGGUGGUGGCAAGGGGACUGCUCCCGCAGGGGGAGGGUUGGGUGGAUUGUUAGGCGGAAGCAGGAAGACUGCAAAACCGCCCAGUCGGACGGUACAAGUGAAUACGCUCAAACGCACGGCUAAGGGGGACGCAAAUGUGCCUAGUGAGAGGAGGGUGUAUGUGUUUGUCGAGGGGGCGGCGGCUGCUGCUGCUGCGACGGUUGGAGCUGCCCCUAAAGGCGGCUUCUACUUCGAUAGCAAAUGGAAGAUCGGGCGGGUGCUGGACGACGCGGCGCGGCGGCUGGGCGUGGAGAAUGUCAACAACCGCGUCGCCGGCGAGGAGGAGCGGCUUCGGGUGUUCCAUGUAGAUGGUGGGGUGUUUCUCGAGUUUGGUGAUACACUGGGCGAGAAGGUGGUGCAGGGCGAUACCCUUGUUCUGUUGCGGGGGGCGGGAUCAAUCCUCUGAGUUUUUUAUUUUUGGGUUUGGUGGGGAGUUUGGUUUUGCAUUUAGGCAUAGCAUUUGAUCUUGUUGAACUUUUAUAUACCAUC